AUGGCAUGUUUAAAGUGUUCAAUGAGUGCGCGACGCUUGAUUUUAGAAGAAGAAUUAAAGCUGUACAUGAAGGGAAGGGAAUUACUGCCUUCUAGCCAGGUAUCAAGGAUGAUGAAGCAGCGUUGGAAAGUCAUGGAUUUUGGCGGCAUGUCAGAGAACGAGGAAGAAUGGCUAAAUGGUACAGAUAUUGCUCUCAAUGCAGAAGAAUACUUGAUGCCACCAGAAGAGUUCUUUUCUGACUAUGAAUCUGAGGAGGAUUACUGAAGCAACUACGGUGACCAUGAUGAUUAUGAUGAAGAAGAUGAAGAUGAAAUAUGAGGAAGAUUUGUAUCCUGGGCUUGGAACCAAACUGAAGAAGUGCUUGAUAGUGAGACAACUACGCCGCUUUAUGCAACAACAGGCACUCGGCCUGUGAAAUAG